UAAUGGGGGGCGUUGACGUCACUGCUAUUAACGCGCUUGCACGCGAGGAGCCGUGCGCGACCCCGCGAGCAGCUGUAAAAGGCUUCUACGUGGCUGCAUGGCGGCUGCGUCCAACAUCUAAAGUGCAGUUCGACCUUUCUGAAGGAAAAUACUUCAGCAAAAUGCCGAGCGACGGAGUAAAACAGAGGAAAGGGAAAGCACAGAACGGAGAUGCAGACACAUCUCCAUCUGGAAAAACUUCUCAGUGUUCUUCAGUAGAUCUCAGGACUGUAGUGAGUUUGUUGUCUUUGAGUGCCUGCUUUCUCCUCGCCUGGGCCAUGCUUCAACAGAACGCCAGGUUUAACGAAGUUGAGGAAAAAUACAAUCAUUUAUAUGAAAAAGCAGCUGAUCUGCUAGCACUGGAGAAGAAAUUCAGUGCAGCUUCCAGAAAGUUGGAGGCCUCUGAAGACCAUCUGAAGGGGGCACUCUCUUCUCUCACUACGUUAACUGAGUUGCAACAGGAAGUCAACUCCCUCAAUGGUAUUGUUACAGCUAUGCACGAGGACCAACAUGCAUCAUCACGUCGCCUCCAAAGUGUGAACGAUCGCUUUUUGAACGUGACAGAGACGUGGCAGGGAGGACUGGCCAACGUGACCGAGGACCUGACGAUGCUGAGGAACGAGUCCCACUCAGUUCACGGUCGUGUAACAGAGCGUGUUAACGAAGCUGAGGAGCAUCUGCGUUCUCUUGUCAAACGUCUGGAGGAGCUAGAAGACAGCACGAAGAGGAACGGGCGUGUGCUGGAUCGCACAGAGGAGGAAGAUACCAAGAACAUCCAAAAGCAGCUAGACUGGAACACCAAGCAGGUGGCCAGGUUUCAGGAACAGCUCCUGUUGCUCUCUAAGAGAGACGAGGAGCUUGAGGAAAAAUUGGUGGAAAUGGAGCCACAGGCCAAAAAAUGUCAAGCACAUCUUCCUGUCGUAGAGGAUGCAGUCAGGUCCAUCCUUAGGAUAGGAGCUGACCUAAGCGGCACUGAAAGGAGGCUCGAGGAUCUCACACUGCAAGUGGUGGGCACUGAGGAUAGUUUGAUUAAGGUACUGACUGAGAUUCUGCAGCUCCAGCAGACCCUUGAUGAUCUGCAGGUGAGAAAUGAGCUUGGAGUUGUGAAGGAUGCCAUGAAGGAGCUUAAGCGUGUGCAUAGAGAAGAAGAUCUGGACUUUCUAGGAGAGGAUCCUGAACACUAGGAGAACGUUGAGGCAUAGAAUAUUAAGCAAUUAAAUGAUGAUAUAAAAGGUUUGGAAGUGAAAGGUUUUCCAGAAUCAUCAGAAGAUCCCAGUAAGAGUGCAAGAGCUGAGGAGAUAUCCUUGACUGAGUAAAAUAACCUGCACUGAUGUUAUCUAAAGAAAACAAUCAAAUAGACAUUUUUCUUUACUAUGUUUGUUCAUGUACCUGCCCAAGAUGUAGAUCACUUUUAUAUGUAAAUUACUUGUGUUUUUAUAAUGGACUUUUACAUUAAAACACCCACCUAUAAACAUAAUAAUAUUAGGUCAUGUUUCAUUCUCCUUUCCCCAAACUCAGCCAUCAUCAAGUGAAAACACUGAUAAGAUUCACUUGAAAAUCUGUCACAUUACAAAAGGAAAAAAAAAAAAGUUAUGAUUUAAUUUCAUGUUGUCUUUAACAUUUAGGUCGUGUGGCCAGAUGCAAGCAUAAAGAUUAACAAACGUAUGUCGGUGAAUGCCUUUAUUGAAACAUUUAUUUUGAUAAAGCACUGAGUAACCAUUACAUCACAGUAAUGAAUUUCACGUAAACCUCAAACGCCAACCUCACUAUGUUGU